GCUCCUGACUGCUGGGCGGGGAUAAUUGUGGGUGCAUGAGUUGCACUGAAAUACUCAAGGGGCUCUUCUGGAUUUAUUAGAGAGAUAUACAGCUGGUAAUCCCGUGUAAGAGCUUGGGGAAUCCAUUCCCCUCACUAAGCGUUAACUCUCAGGAAUAGGAAGAGCACCAUGGCUUGUGGGAGCAGCUUGGACAGCAUUGAUAUGAACUCCAUCCCUCUUGUGGCUUUAAAUUAUACAGUCAGACACCGGCUCUGCUUGUACCUCAACCCUGAUGCUGUGGUGGCUGCUGACUGGACUCGACUGGCCGAGGAGAUGGGCUACGACUAUCUGGAAAUCCGCAAUUUUCAAAGGUACCCGGACUCCACCAUGAAGCUGCUGGAAGACUGGGAGAAGAAGUGCUUCCGGGCUACUGUUGGGGGGCUGCUGGAAAUGUUAAAGAAAAUGGAAAGAAACGAUAUCCUAACGGAUCUUGGGCCACUAAUCGAGGCCGACUGCAUGAAGUACCUGGAGAAGAAGCACGUGCCCCUGCCCAUACAAGAUGAUAAAGUGGACAGCAGUGAGCAAUACCGAAUUACGAAAAGUGACGAUCCUUAUGGAAGCAUGCCUGAGACAUUUGACGCUUUCAUUUGCUACUGCGCCCAAGAUAUCUCGUUUGUGCAGGAGAUGAUCAGUCGGCUGGAACAGACAGAUUAUAAACUCAAGCUGUGCGUCUUUGAUAGGGACGUCCUUCCGGGAACAUGCUUGUGGUCCAUAACCAGUGAGCUUAUAGAGAAUAGGUGUAGAAAGAUGGUGGUGAUAAUAUCGGAUGAUUAUCUGGACAGCAGUGACUGUGAUUUUCAAACCAAAUUUGCCCUUAGCCUUGGACCAGGGGCUCGGGAGAAACGUCUCAUUCCUGUCAAGUACAAACCUAUGAAGAGGCCAUUCCCCAGCAUUCUGCGCUUCAUCACUGUGUGCGACUAUACAAACCCUUACACUAAAGCCUGGUUUUGGGACAAGCUUGCUAAAGCUUUGGCAAGAUAAAAAGGAGAAAUCCUGGACGAAGGAUUAAGCCCCUGCAGACCUGGAGGAACUAAAGAUUAGGGAUACACCUGGAUUCGGUUCAGGAUUUGGCCUUUUUCAGCAGGAUUCGGCAGAACUGAAUCCUAAUUUGCACAUGCAAAUUAGGGGCAGGGAGGGAAAUCACGUGAUAAUUUGCACCGAAUCCAGGAUUCGACCAGGAUUCAGUUGAAUCCUAAUUUGCAUAUGCAAAUUAGGGGUGGGGAGGGAAAUUGCUUGACUUCAAGGAAGUAAAAAAUGUUUUCCCCUUCCCACCCCUAAUUUGCAUAUGUUAUUUCGGAUUACAGUUCGGUAUUCGGCCAAAUCUUUCGCCAAAGAAUCUUUUCUACUAAAGAUGUUUAUAUAGAAUAACAAUAUUAUUAUAACUCUGACAUCCCCAGCAAGCCCGGGAACCUGUCACAGGGACCAAUACCUCUUUCUCUGGUUAUAUAUCCAGCUUGUUGUUUUAACGUUUUUAUUAAAUAUACAGAAUUAUUGGGGGGGGGAAAGGGGAGAGCUUUAUAAAAAGAAAAGACUAUUUGAAAAUUGCAGCCUAUAUAUUAAUCAAGACCUUUUUUUAAUUAUAUUAUAUAAUAUAAUGGGCAAGUAAAGCCUUAUUCGGUAUGGUGGAAGUGGGUCCUUUUUUCCAUUCAUUUAGGAGAUAAUUGAAUUGAUUAUGAUGAUGGUAGGAAUGAAUGAAUUUAUCUUGCCCCUUUUGGUGUAUCUGCGCACCAUAUUUAUUUUUUAAUUACAAUUAAUACAAGGCUAUCAAAAAAAGAUUAAAUA